UGUCUUUCUCCUCCACUGGCUGGAAACGCAUCUCUCCUCAGGCACGGUGCUGUACUGGUGACAACGAGAAAGCAGCUCCGAGGGGAGGCAGUCCGUUGUUCUGUUGAACCCGAGGUCCUCAUCAAAUUGCCUCAUAUAUAAUUCAUGGCCCAAACUGACGGAUUCCAUGAUGAUCAUGCUGUGCAAGGCUGUUCGACCGGGCGUGGCUUCUUCACGCUCUGCCGCCUCAUCUUGACGCAUUCUGCAGUAAGUGAUAGUUGUCGAUAUCACACCGCUAUGUUCACUCCAAGUCUUGCAACUCGGCGGCGUCCAAGCCCGAGAGAGUAUCGGUACUGCUGUUGCGCGACUGUGGUGAUAAACGAGCGCUGCCGCCUUGAACCCAUUCCGCAUGCUGCACAACGGCUGAGUUCUCUUCGUUUGCUUCUCCCUCUGUGCAUGCGGGAGGCAACUGCCAGCCGCUACACUUGUUGUCAAUCUCGCGGUCGGUGUCCGCGUCGAGCAGGAGACCCAGACGUCCUCUGGUAUGCAUAUUGGACCAGGAUUCGUGAAGUGAAGAUACAGUAGAUGACGCUUGCGCAAGGUACCCGGGAUUGUAAUUCCGCAGAGCCUCGUAUUAGGGAGCCCUACGUCAACUGACAGUUGCAGAAAAUGCCAUGCGGCUUGUCUUAUUAUAGUAGGGGUCCUGGGGUGGAUAUAUGAAGCUCCGAGUCUUUCAGCAUCCUAACGGUUCCGGCGCUGCCAUCAGCAUUUCGUCCAAUUGCGAGAUAAUGUCUUCAUCCAAGCUCAAAUCACCGACGACAUUGUGGCACAGCUCUUCGGGACGUGAGUUCAUAGGCUGAGGGGACCAAUGCCAGGCUUUUCUCGUAUCGUAUGGUGUGUUCCAAACGAAUCGCGGAGGUGGA